GCUAGUGAAAUUUCUAAGUACUUUUGGUGCUAAAGAGACUGAAUAGCGGUAGAGCAAAAAUACCGUUAAAUAACUUGGAUUUUCGUACUUACUUUUACAUUUAUUGUAAUCAACUAUUUUUUAAAACUAUACAAAACUUAUAGAAUAUUUAUAGACGUUAACACAUAUAUCACGUUUACAAAAAAAAAUACAGUUGAUAAUAAUAUCCGUCUAUUUUUAUGAUACCAAAAUGAUCAUUAUCAGCACUCAAAUGCAAACACUAUUUUCUGUAAAAAUAAUACAAAUUUUUAACAGAUAAAGUUAGAAAAAGUGUGAGACUGCAUUUAAAUUUAUGUAAAGAAACAAAAAAUUACAUGCAAAUACUUUGUUCAUCACACGUGUUCAUCACAUUGUGUAAAAAUUGCAAUAAUAUGUCUGCUGUGCAGCCUCAUAUCCCUAAUGGAUAUCUCAAUAAAUUUUCUCAAGAUGAAAAGGUGGCUCCCACAAAAACGAGUGGAAACUAUUUUUUCCCUUCAUUGACGGGUGUAGAUGGUCCUAAUCAAAUAUUGCCAUCAGACAUUGACACAACGUGGGAGCCAAAUGGCAGGGUACGAAUCAAAUAUGAUGAAGAUGAUAAACAAUCACAUCAAUUUAUUUCAGUGCCUGGUUUGCUCAUGCGAUCUGCUAAAGAAUAUCCUAAUCAUACUGCUUUAGUAUCAAGAGCAGGUGUUGAUGGAAAUAGACGUACUUAUACAUACAAAGAAUAUGAGAGUGAAGUUCGGACAGUGGCCAAAGCUUUUUUAAAAUUAGGUCUCGAACGAUAUCACAGUGUUUGUAUACUUGGAUUCAAUAGCCCUCAUUGGUUUAUUGCAGAUCUUGCAGCUAUUUACGCUGGAGGUUUUGCAGCAGGAAUUUAUACGACAAAUUCUCCAGAGGCAUGCCAAUACUGUGCAGAAAAUAGCAGAGCGAAUAUAAUAGUAGUGGAAGAUAAUAAGCAGUUAGAGAAGAUCUUGGCAAUCAGAAAAGACCUGCCGCAUUUAAAAGCUAUAAUUCAGUAUGAAGGAAUUGCAACUGAAAAAAAUGUCUUAAGUUGGUAUGAUCUUUUGGAAAUUGGCAAAGCUGAGUCAGAUGAUAAAUUGGACCAAGUACUUAGGACUAUUGCAGCAAAUGAAUGUUGCACUCUUGUUUACACGUCAGGUACUGUAGGCAAUCCCAAAGCCGUUAUGUUGAGUCACGACAACUUGACAUUCGAUGCUCGAGUAAUCACUGAGACGAUACAAUUCAAAGAGAAGAGCGAAAUAAUUGUUAGCUUUUUACCAUUAUCGCAUGUAGCAGCUCAGGUAGUAGAUAUUUUCACGAGCAUGUCAGUAGGAGCUACCGUAUAUUUUGCUGAUAAGAACGCCUUAAAAGGAAGUUUAAUUGAAACCCUGACUUAUGCAAGACCAACAGCUUUUCUAGGCGUUCCCCGAGUAUGGGAGAAAAUUCAUGAAAAGAUGAUGAUAGUUGCUCGUAAUAAUGGACCAAUAAAAACAUGGAUUGCCACGUGGGCAAAAGCACAAGGAUUAUAUUACAAUAUGAAUAAAAUGAAUGGAGUAGAUUAUAAAACGUGGGGUUAUCUCUUUGCCAAAUGGCUUGUUUUUAAUAAAAUCAAAGCCACCCUGGGAUUAGAUAGAUGUAGGAUAUUCGCUACUGCUGCUGCACCACUCAGUGAUGAUAUUAAAAAAUAUUUUAUGAGCCUUGAUAUACCAAUUAUGGAGGCUUAUGGAAUGUCUGAAUGUGCUGGUGCUCAUACUCUCAGUACAGAAAACAAAUAUAGAUUAGGUAGUGUAGGAGCAGCUCUCCCAGGAGUAAAAACGAAAUUAUGUGAUCCUGACAAUACCGGAGAAGGUGAAAUAUGCAUGGGAGGUAGACAUGUUUUUAUGGGUUACUUAAAUGCACCAGAAAAAUCGAAAGAAGCUAAGGAUGAGCAUGCUUGGUUACAUAGUGGUGAUUUGGGAAGAAUAGAUAAUAAAGGACUCUUAUACGUAACAGGAAGAAUAAAAGAACUCGUUAUAACUGCUGGUGGAGAAAAUAUUCCACCGGUUCAUAUAGAACAAAUGUUAUUAAAAGAAUUGCCAGCUCUUAGCAAUGCUAUGCUUAUUGGAGAUAUGAAAAAGUAUCUCACCAUUUUAGUUACUCUUAAGACUGAAAUGGAUCCAGACACGGGAGAACCUUCCGAUAAACUUCUUCCAACUACAAUAUCAUGGGCAAAGUCUAUUGGAAGCAAAGCGAAAACACUUUCAGAAGUUUUAAGCUCACGAGAUCCAGCUAUUUAUCAAGAAAUCGAAAAUGCAAUUAAAAGGAUGAAUGAGCAUGCUACAAGUAAUGCUCAAAAAGUACAAAAAUUCACGAUCCUGCCACAUGACUUCUCUAUUCCUACUGGAGAAUUAGGUCCUACACUUAAAUUGAAACGAAAUGUAGUUGUCAAAAAGUACGCCGAUCUCAUUGAAGAGAUGUACAAGUAACGAAAUAGCCUCAAUAACUGAAACGUCAAUGUUAAAUACAAUCUUAUAAAUAAUAAAUAGGUAGGAUUUUUUUUUUGAAUUCAUUAAGUGUCAAUCUAUAUUUAUGUCACUUAAAAGAUUAGCUGUGUUCAUGGAUAUUGACAAUUUUCCAAGCUAAUCUUAUGUCAGUUAUAAAAUAAUUGUUCAUAAUUACUCAAAAAAGAAAAUUUGGAAAUGUCUACCUAUUUAUUUUUUAUGACUUUACUUCAUAAAAUGAAAUGUCUUUAUAUCUUUAUCUGUCAAAUAAGGAGGGAUCGACAUAUUUAGCAAUUAUGAGUUUUUAUUUUAUUUGAAAAUAAUCAGAGACUCAAAAUUUGUUAUGAAAUAAUUUUAUCAAAAAGUGUAUAAUAUAGAAAAAUUUCUAUAUAAUUAUAUUAUUUAUUUCAAUUCAAAUCAAUUAAUAAUUGACCUUAUGAAAUGAGUCAAAAAAACGUGAAAUUUUCAUACGUCUGUAAUAUAUUUAGAAUUAAAAUUGUAUUCUGUACAUAAUCAUAUUCGGAAAUGCUCUCGUACUCUCUCACUAUCUAUUGAAAUAAGAUAUAAAAAAUUAAAAAGUAUGUAUGUUCAGUGGCUCUGCAGUGAGAAUAUUUACAAGUAUGUUAAAUGAUUUUAGUGAACGAGUACUUAAAUAAUAUUUGUAAGAAAGUGCCUUCUGAUAAUUGGAUAACAAUUUACUCAUAUUUUAUCAGUGCUAGAAAAAAACUUUUCGUAUUUAACUUCAAUUAGUUAAAUGAUAUAUAUAGAUUUUUCACCAAAAAAUUAUUCAAACUUUUUAAUUCAAGUUCCUUUUAUUUAUUGUAGCUUUAAUCACUAAAUGCAAUGGUUAAAUAAGUAAGCAAUUAAAAAUAAAAAAGAUAUAUGAACGAGACAACUUAAUAAUUAUGAAAAGCCCCUCUGUGAAUAAAAAUUGAGGUGGGAAAGACUUGAAUUGAGAAAAGUUAAAAUUAGAGUAUCGUUGAGAAAGUUAAUUGUAUCAAUCGCCGAAUCUCAGUUUUCAGAAUUUUAUAUUGUGGAAAUGAUGUUUCGUGAGAAUGACAAUUUCUUUAUUAUGUUUAAUGAUUGAAAUUCGUAUGUGCUAAAAAUUGUUAUCAAUAGCCAAAUUACUGUACAAGGUGUAAAAUGAAAUCGUGAUAAAGGUAGGCAAAAAUAGUACGACAAUAAGCACUAUGUAAUUUAAUUUUGUUUGAAGUGGCAGGCGUUAUGAAUUUUGUAUUUGCAGUCAUCAAGGGGUUAAAAAGGUUGUAUAUACUGUAAUAUUUAUAAUAAAAUUAUUAAUAUUUA